AUGGCGGCGUGGGACAUAGACGAGGAGGUGCAGCGAGCCAUCGAGCUGUUGUCUCAGAGGAAGAAGCUGAGAAAACAGGCCGUGGAUGACCUGGAUUCGGAACUAGAGGCCCUUGUAGACACGGAGCAGAAUCUCAACCGUGAUAUCAAGGAGCGAUCCGAACGCAUACAGAAACUCGCCGGCCUCUUUCAAACGGACCCCGAGAGCCAGAUGCAGGACCUGGACAGCAUCGGGGCCCUCGUCGCGGAAAUCAAGUCUCUCCGGAUUGAGAGAGAGCGCUUGCUGCAGAAGAUAAAGCUGCGGGAGCAGCAGAGAGAGGAGCAGAAGAUAUCGUGGGAAGCCUUUCAGGCGAGGCUUCACAAACUGGGUGGCACCGCGUCCAGUGCGCCGUCGAUGCUGCCGCUCCCUUCGAUCGAGCAGACCAGCGCCUCACUUCCCGAGAGUGCACAACGCCAGGAGCCAGGUGGUGACAAGGACGAAGACGAAGAGGACGAGGAAGAUGAGGAGGAUGAGGAAGAUGAAGAGGACGAGGAGGAGAUCGUCCCCGAGAGGAUGACACUGCGAUCUCGUGCUGAGGCUGCUCCGAAAACGCCUCCACUUGCGACCCGGCUAAGAAAGAGACACCAAGACCACCAAAACCUUUCACCAGAGCAGGCAAAGCGAGCCAGAAAGACUACCGACACGCAGGAGGCAUUGGCACGAGACAACCCGAGACGAAAGACGUCCACAAUCGAAUUCGACGACCUCUAUCAAGGCAAAGACAAGCACAAGAUCGUCGAAUAUGAGGGAGAUUGGUAUAUUCUCUAUUGUCAAGAGCAUCAGAAGUUGUUUCAAUGCCAGCGUCCCAUAAAAGGGGCCAUCCGGCAUGGAGGUACCCUCUUGCACGGCGAGAAAGUCUGGAAUGCUGCACAGGCUAUUGCCGAGUUUGGCAUCCGCGUCCUCAACUGCAGCGCGGCCAAGAGAGAGAAGAAUAACACUGCCUUUUUUUCUUGCUAUACCCGAGACCCAAAGAAACUGAACACUCCUGUCUCACAGACAGACGAGGGGACGUCUAACGAGGUGACACACACGAUGAUCAACGCCGCGGUCAGACAAUCUCCGAGGACUGCCGCCCCUGCUACGGGAGUGACGGAUCCCGCGGCUGGCGAGCUUUACCUCGGACGCCGAGAUGGUGUCUGGCAUGCCAUAGUUCUCCUCUCCCCUGCCGGUGACUUUUCCAAGCUUGGCUUCCUCGGUUCAAUCUGGGACACAAUCUUGGGACAGAACGCGUUGCCCGCCUGCUACGAUUAUGACAAGUCAAGUCGGGAGAUCCGGGGCUGGUCCAAGGACUUUGCGGACGGUAUGCCCAUGGCUCGUUGGCGAGAGUAUCCUGCUCUGCUCUUCUUCGAUGAUCAGAUGAUUCCAAGCAGGCCAGUCUCAGAGCUUCUCCCAAUCCCAGCCUCAUCUGUCAUGGCUUGGCUCUUUGGUGAGAAUAUCGCACCUUUUGGCAGAUCUGCUCCGGGGACCGGGGAGCCGUGUCAAGGCUACAAGGCCGCCGUUGACUACAGAUACAGGAUGGAACGCAUCCAGCAGCAAAAGCAGUCAGUCAAGACGUGCCAAGCCGAGCAAAACGAGGAGUCGGACUCCGACUCAGUCCAAGCAUCUAUCGAGGUCAUCGGGUCAGAUGAUUCUGGCGAUGAGACAUCUGAUGGUUCUUCAGCUGGAACGGUCGAGGAAUCUGCGGACGAUCGCGCCACCUCGGUGUUCGGUGCCGAGUCCUGGUCCGACGCUGAAUAUGUACCUGAUGCCGAUCACCGUCAAGACCAGGGUCUCAGCUACGACGAUGACAUUGUUCCCGACGGCAGAAGCACUCCUGACGACAACCUGCCUUUGGAGAUCUCACUGGAACAGAGAGCAAGUGGCCGCUCUAACAGUGAGGUGAACCAGGACGGCGAAGGAGAACAGACCAGAAUCGACAUCAUUGAGAAGCCAUCGGACCCAUCAGGAAUAUCAAGCAUGGGGUUAUUUGCAAGUGAGAAGAAAGAUGAACAUCCAGUGACAGCCCAUCACGAGAUUCAGAGCGUGGUGGGAGAACGGGCUGCUAGAUCUCCACCUACUCAAACUGCCUGUCCAGCACGAGGUUCAGGAGUGGGUGGAGUGAAUGACGAGUCUGAACCUCCAAGCAAUGACGCACUCGUGCAAUACGCCAUGGAUCAAUACGAACGGAGCAUUCCGAUGAGUCUGGAUUUCGAGCCACACGAGUCCAUACCGCCAACUACUCCCGAAUACCGAGGUGCAGAGGAACCCACCCCGAGAGAGGAGGUCGAGAAGAGGCACCCGUCUCUGCUGAACGCACAAUCCGAUCCAAGGCCGAUAGCACCUGCGGUUUUGGCACCGCCCACUGCGGUAUCACGGGCUGCUUCUAUCGACAACGAGGCCUUGGCAUUCAAUGCAGUCGCGGCACUGAGCCAGGCCAAGGCGGCCACUUUGCCAAUGGGGCCUGGGCAAUUCGCCGUGCAGAACGGCCGCUCAGCUACCGGAAGCCAAUAUUUCCAUCCGAGGGCAGCCAUACCAUUGUCUGAUAUCCUGCAGACAGGCCCGUUCCAGACCUCGCAGCGACUGCCUCUCGGCCCACAACAAUGGGUAAUUGGUCCGGCGCCAGCUUUUCCAGAGACGCGGUACCAUGGGUUUGAUAGCCUUAGACGUCCCCCGGCAUAUAUAGACACGUCCCAGGAUCGUCAAAAACCUCGAAGCGAGUCGGAAAUGCGUCGCGAUAGAAUUAGGGCUGUAUUCAGCGACAAGAGGCCUCAUCGCGGUGGCUACUCGUCACCAUAUUCCGGUGCUAGGUCUGGCGGUUUGAUGUCGCAGCCGUAUCAUUCGGAGACCAAUGAUAGGGGCAGCUGA